UAUCACUAUAAGGAUUGGACGCCGUUGUUGUUCCCCUCUGUGAAAGUGGAUACCCUGUUUACGUGUUAUGUGAAUUGAUCAAUCUGAUUGGAUGCGUCUGGCGGAAGUAGCUCGUGCGCGAGCUGAACAAUUGAUAGAGCCAUGCAGGACGUUAACUACUGUGUCGUCUGAGAAGAUUGCCAACUUGACUCUGGAGCAUGUUUCUAAUGAUGUCCCUAUCGACUUUGCUACACUUUGCUUUAUCGUUUCCUGUAUCACAUUCGUCUGCGUGGUCAUUUUGAUGGUCAGUCUAAUGUGCCCACCUAAAUUUCCUCCCUGUGUGCUCAGGAAAGGCAAACAACCCACGCGACGUCAGCAACCUCGCAUUCAUAGCAUGACAGCACAUCUUGGCAGCAAUGAUCAUUUCUUGACCGCUAGUCGCACCGGGGUACAAGUCAGGCUGAGCCCAGUGGAUAAAAUCUAUUGCAGCUCUGGAAGCAGUACGACUUCGAGGUCGACCACCACCAGCGUCUCAUCUUCUUCACGGACUGUCACGUCUCGAAAGAUGACUCCAAAGUCAACCGGAAGUCCAGAAGGAGCAUCAGCUUUAAUCUAUGAUAAAAUUCCAGAUACAAAAAAUGGAUGUAAAGAUCAAAAUAUCAAUGGCUCCAGCGCAUGCACAUACUCAGAAAAUGAAUCUGGUGACCCGGAUGCGCCAGAAUUUUUUACAAUUUUGGAGCCUCCGAUGUUUGAAAAUCAACACAGCAAAACUUCUUUUAAAAAUAAAGCAUCAUACGACUGUACACAUAAUGAAUGCUAUUGUAAGCAGUUUUUAUUACCUUUGCUGAAACAGAAAGUGUGUUGUAUUGAAGAUAAGCCUCGGCUGUCAAAGUGUUGCAAAAGAAAGCGUUCUCUGGUGCAGGAGUUGAAAAAGGCACCUAGAAAUAUUUACGAAAAGACUCCCCGCUCACAUUUUCAAAAAGAUUUACUGGGACCAGAUAAAGAAGCAGAGUCCGAUUCGAUGACUUUGAACACGACGGCUGUAAAUAGCUCCAGGAUAUAUAGAUUGCCGAGUCUCUCCCAGUCCACAAUUAAACGCGCUGAGAGCUGUAGCGAGGACAUGUUCGACCACUCUACACAGACUCCGUCAAUCACCACAGACUCUCGCACUUUGAGCAGGACGCCCGGCAAUCGAGACAUUUCUCAGUGCUCUGAAACAUUUGUUUGCAGUUCCGGUCCGAGGCAUGCCGGGCCUUUCGCAACUCUCAAUAGUAAACCAGAAGACAUUACAUCAGAAAUGGUAGUAUCCACAUUAUCAUCAACUGCUAAUCACGACACGCUAACAUCUUCCUCGUAUGCGUCAACAAAGGUUCAAAGUAAUCAAACACUAUCUCACCAAAUGAAUGGUAAAUAUCCAGUUAAUCCCCACAGCAUUGAAAGCUCUUUAGUGGAAGUAUGUACGGAUGGGAACACCCAUCAACCACUGUUUUCAACUAAAUCACAACCGCCCAUGUCAGUAUAUCAGUCUUCAUCAGCUACUAACCAACAUCUUCCAAGCUCUUUAAUAGGAACAAGCCAGAAUCAUAAAGUGCUUCCUUCCCAUAAUAACAGCCAAGCUUCUGUUUCAAUGAACGCCCCCUCAAUAUCGACAAAGCAACAUCCACUUCAGAGUUCUCUAAUAGGAGAAUACACUAGUAGUCUAAAUCAAGAUAAGCAGAUGUUUCCCUUUAAUCAUCCAGCCACCGUGACAGCAAAUGUACCUACGGUACUGGCAGCAGAACACCCCCAUCAAAGUUCUUUCACAGGAGUAUACAGUAACAGCCGCAAUCAAAAUGUGCCAAUGUUGUCAAACAACGAUCAACAAGCUAUUUCUGUCAAUAUAUUUGCAAACUCCGCUAGCCAUCACUCCCAUCAAGGGCAUAGCACGAUCUCGUAUGCCCAUGAUCAGAGAAAGUUGAUGAAGAAUGACCAACCUCCCGUGUCUGUAAAUCCGUCCUCAUUGGUUAAACACAGCACUUUCAGCGGCACAAACUCUAAAGCUCAAACGUCUAACUCAUUACAACUCCAGAAUCACAGUCAACAGUCAGCUCUUUACUCAUCAUCACAAAACAAUGGCGCUCAAAAACUCAAUUUAGGCGCAUGCGCAAAUGACCAGAUUUUAUAUCCUAUGCGUUUUCCAGGAGACUACACAGCGUCCAACGAAAUGCCCACAAUGUUCUGUGGAAAGCCGUCAAAUCAAUCAACCGUGGACAACCCUUACGGUUAUCUCCAGCAUAAAAGCGAUGAGAAUUCCAAAUUAUAUGGUGUAUCAUCUGGGAGUCAGCAGUGCCUUAGCUUUGGAAAUAAGACAAAUCAAAUCAACAGGGCGGAAAACGAGAAAAAAGCUUUAGAUUUUUUUGGAUUUCAAUUCUCUUCUUUGCCAAGUCAUAUUCGACCCCGACAACGGUAUGAUAAUGAGCCUGACGCCUUAAGCAACGUGCCUAGAAGAAUCAGCGCUGAAGCAACUGAGCAGGUGAGUCAGACACAACGAAGCCACUGUGAGACUCUGAUUCACAGGAACAGUGAUAGCCAGUUGGUCAUCAGAAAAGAUGGUAAGUUGUCUCAUGGAGGGGGCAACUGUGAUGAGGCCCAAAAGUACCAAGAACACUACAUGUAUUGCCCCCCUUGUCCUCCACGUAGAUGCUCCCAUGCUCUAGACUUUGAGGACGAUCUAAGGACGCCACUUACUGAAAAAUUAGUCCCACAGAAAUGCGGUCUUAGGCCGGAACUGCCUCAAAUUGAAACGCAUGGCCGAACAAAUGCAAACGGCAGAGAAAGCUCCAGAAGUCUCGUAGGGUAUACUCAUAACGAUACCCAAAUGCCAACGCAGUCACCCGAGGACUCUGACGAGGAGUAUGUCGACAUGAGCCAAUCAUCCAGAAACGGUUUCACCGUAAGUUAUCACAAAUCUGACCACAGACCAUCCAAUGCGAGGUAUUGAAAGCACAAGGUAGAAACAAAACAUAUUUAACGCAGACAAUGUUAUGCAUUAGAACUUUAAUAAUAUAUAUAAUAAAACUAUGCAUAUAUAGUUAGUCCGUCUGGAUGAAGACCCUCCUGUUAUCGAGCUCUUCAUUAUUUCUCUCCGCAUGUGACUGUUAGUGCCACUUGGUGCCCGAAGUGUACUGCUGCAUACUCGGUAUCUUAUUGGGGCUGGAACCUUUGGCGAUUGGGAUUCGCCGUGACUUCUGUUAAUAUAAUUUAAACUAUAUUCUUUAUCCAUGGUGAUUUUAUUUUGAAUAGGAAGUCGUCACAACGCUCUUUCAUUACCUCCAGUCUCACAAGAGUCAAAGUCUAUGUUAAUAUCUCUCAUGGACUGUUUGAUCUACAACUGUUUGAGCUAUUCCACCAUGACAUUUGAUUUACAAUUGUUUGAGCUAUUCCACCAUGACAAUUUAUUUUAAUCAUGUACAACCUUUUUUUUAUAUUUAUAAAAGUUUUAUAGAAUAUUUGUAAAUAGUCUUUAUAUAUUUACAUUUAGAUUGUAAAUAUCUUUAUUCAUAUCUAUUUAGUUACAGUACCUUCAUUUUGUACAGUCCCCAGAUAU